AUGGCAAUGAAGAACAAUGGUUUCAGACAGAGUAACUCAGAUCAUACUUUGUUCUUGAAACAUCAGAAAGGGAAGCUACAAGACUAUUUGGCCACUGAAUUUGAGAUAAAGAAUCUAGGUGGACUCAAAUAUUUAUUAGGAAUUAAGGUGGCCUUAUCACAACAAGACAUAUUUCUCUUUAAAAGGAAAUAUGUCUUGGACUUGUUGAUAGACACAGGAAUGUUAGAUUGCAAAUCUGUAGACACUCCUAUUGUUCAAAAUCAUCAUCUUGGAGAAUACCCAGAUCAAGUUACAACUAACAAAGAAAGAUACCAAAGAUUAGGCAGGCAAUGUAACAGAUAG